AUGCAAUCAUCAUUUCAGUCAUGUGGUAUAUCUGAAGAAUCUUAUUGUGCACCAUGGGAUUUAAAAAUACAAGAAGAAAAAUUAAAAUUACUUAAUGAACAACGUCAAAUAUCAUCAUCAAAUACUAAUACAUCAUUAAUCGAUAAUCUACUUCAUUCUUCGAACAUAAACAAUCAAUCAACAUCUUCAUCAUUCAGUCGUAAUCAUACAAAUAGGUCAUUUCAUCAAACUUGUUCAGUACAUACAUCAUCAUCAACUACAACAACAAAAAAAUCUUUAGUACAUCUUGAACUAACACCGCCUGAAUUGCCUCCCUUACCACCAGGUGGUUUAAUACCAUCGUGUCAAUGUGGUAUUAGCAAUAAUAUUCGAAAUAAAAAUUCGAUUAUUGAAAAUCUCGAUUUAUCAUUCGAAAAAACCUCCAAUUGUCUCAUUCCACAUGCGAUUUGUUCAGGCACAGAUACAUCACGUAGUUUUUUAUUUGCUUUAACAUCACCAUCUAAUAAGCGUAGUAAAAAACUUGAUACAACAGCAGCUACAGAUGAUACUCAAUCUAUAUCAGUUGAAGCAUCUUUACUUCAUUUUAAACAUUUAAGUUCAUCAAUUCAAAAUAAUUCUUUACAUAAGAUGCAAACAACGUAUGAUCAACCAUGGGAUAAAUUACAAACAUCUUUUAUCAAUAAUCUUUCAUUGAAAAAUAAUCGUAAUGGAGGAUCAUUACAAAAGAUGCCAAAUACAGAACAAACAAAACAGUGUUGUUCACCAUCGACAAAGUUUUUGACUUCUCCAUGUCAACAUUUAGAAGAUAUACGAAAAAUUCCCAUUGAUCGUUAUUUUUGGUAUCAUCAUGGAAUGUCUCGACGGCAAGCUGAAUAUGUUUUACAAUCUCGUCCAUCGAGUAGUUUUCUUGUACGUCAAAGUGAAAGUGGAAAUCAAAAUGAUUAUUCACUUUCUAUUAGAACAAUGAAAGGUUGUUUGCAUAUGCGUAUAUGCUAUUCUGGAGGAUUUUAUAUACUUGGUGAAUGUUCAAGACCCUUUUCAAGUGUAUCAUGUAUGAUCAAAUAUUUUAGUCAAACAUCUGUACCUAUUCGUGGUGCGGUACAUAUUAAAUUAGGUACACCGGUAUUGCGAUGGGAGAUAUUAACAUCGUCAUCAUUGUCUAAGGAAGAACUUUUGUAA